AUGCUGCCCAGGGCCGCCCGAUCGCCGUGCUGGCGUGUCCCGGGGCGCUUCGUAUACCAGAGUCAGCCCGUCACGCGCUCAACCUCAUGGACCGCUGCCCCAAAUGGAGUCCAGCUCAGAGCCUUUUCGACUCCUAGCGGACCUCUGAGGAGACAAGUGCCCGAGAACACGUCCCCCGCCUCAAAGACCGCGAACCCUACCAGUCCAACCGCGGCACAACCCGGGGCAGCAAAUGCGACUCAGGCCUCCACCACACCUACCCAAAAGGAAGAUGCCACCACAAUUUCGAAGAAGGACCUGCUUAGCGAGGCUACCGUUGCGUCCAAGGAGCAAAGGAAGGCGGACUGGGCGAUAAUGAAGGAGAUGGCAAAGUACCUUUGGCCCAAGGACGAUUGGGGAACGAAGCUCCGCGUUGGAAGCGCCCUGUCCUUGCUCAUCGGGGCGAAGAUCCUGAACGUUGAGGUACCCUUCUAUUUCAAAAGCAUCGUCGACUCGAUGAACGUGGAUUUUGCUGCUGUGGGUGGCACUGCUUACACAGUCGCGGGCUCCAUGAUCAUAGCCUAUGGUGUUACCCGAAUCGGAGCCACUGUCUUCCAGGAACUUAGAAAUGCGGUCUUCGCCAGCGUUGCCCAAAAAGCGAUCCGCAAGGUCGCGCGAAAUGUCUUCGAACACUUACUACGAUUGGAUCUCAACUUUCAUCUUACGCGCCAGACCGGAGGAUUAACGCGGGCAAUUGACCGUGGUACUAAGGGUAUCAGCUUCUUGCUGACUUCCAUGGUGUUCCAUGUGGUGCCUACUGCUUUGGAAAUCUCCCUCGUGUGUGGUAUUCUGACUUAUCAGUAUGGCUUCAAAUUCGCGGCGAUAACGGCCACGACCAUGCUCGCGUAUUCAGCCUUCACCAUAACCACCACCGCCUGGAGAACCAGGUUUCGCAAGCAGGCCAACGCGGCCGACAAUCGGGGUGCCACCGUUGCUGUAGACUCUCUGAUUAACUACGAGGCCGUCAAGUACUUCAACAACGAGAAAUUCGAGGUGGCUCGCUACGACAAGGCGCUCAAAUCCUAUGAGGAUGCAUCGAUCAAAGUCACCACGUCCCUUGCGUUCCUCAACUCUGGCCAGAACAUGAUCUUCUCGAGCGCGCUUGCCGCCAUGAUGUAUCUCGCAGCCGACGGAGUAGCCACUGGUACCCUGACUGUUGGUGACCUGGUCAUGGUCAACCAGCUUGUCUUCCAGCUCUCCGUUCCGCUCAACUUCCUCGGAUCCGUGUACCGCGAGCUCCGUCAGUCGCUGUUGGACAUGGAAACACUGUUCAAUUUGCAGAAGGUUAACGUCAACAUCAUUGAGCGGCCCAACGCGAAGCCCUUGUCGUUGAACCAAGGGGGUGAGAUCCGGUUCGAGAACGUCACGUUUGGCUACCAUCCCAAACGUCCUAUUCUCAAGAACGCCAGCUUUACCAUCCCCGCGGGUCAGAAGUUCGCUGUUGUCGGACCCAGUGGUUGCGGAAAGUCUACUAUCUUGCGCCUGCUGUUCCGGUACUACGACGUCCAGGAGGGCCGGAUCCUCAUUGAUGGGCAAGACAUUCGCGAUGUGACGCUGGAGAGUCUGCGCAAGGCCAUCGGCGUCGUGCCCCAGGACACUCCCUUGUUCAACGACACGAUUGAACACAACAUCCGGUACGGGCGGAUCGAAGCGACCGACGAGGAAGUCCGCAAGGCUGCGCGACGCGCCCAUAUCCACGAGCUGAUCGAGAGGCUUCCCGAUGGGUACAAGACGGCUGUUGGAGAGAGAGGCAUGAUGAUCUCAGGUGGUGAGAAGCAGCGGCUGGCUGUGUCCCGGCUAUUGCUCAAGGACCCCGAGCUUCUCUUCUUCGAUGAGGCGACCUCUGCAUUGGAUACCUACACGGAACAAGCCCUAUUACAGAACAUCAACAGUAUCCUCAAGGACAAGCGACGCACGAGCGUAUUUGUGGCCCACCGCCUGCGGACGAUUUACGACUGCGACCAGAUCCUGGUGCUGAAGGAGGGCCGUGUGGCGGAGAUGGGCUCGCACCGCGAACUUCUGGAACAAAAUGGCAUUUAUUCCGAGCUAUGGAACGCGCAGGAAAUGUCGCUCGCGCACGAGCAGGGGCCGGAGGGCACCGAGGAGCAGGAGGAAGUGGAGCAAGACGCUGGCCCGUCCUCCCACCAGCGACAGAAGUAA